ACGCCAGGAUGGGUUCCAACGCACAAGAUGCCGAGGCGCUCGUGCACUCUGACGACCCAAACCACCCAGCGAACCAUAUUUGCACACUCUGUGCAAAGUUCUACAAUUUGGGAUGGGUGACAGGCACAGGUGGAGGAACGAGCAUACGCCAUGAAGACAAGAUAUACAUUGCGCCCAGUGGUGUGCAAAAGGAACUCAUGAAGCCUACCGACAUGUUCGUCAUGGACUUCAACACCAAGGAAUACCUGAGAAGACCACAGGUGCUCAAACCCUCGGCUUGCACGCCCCUCUUCAUGGCAGCCUUCGAACGCGGAGCCGGCUGCUGCAUCCACACCCACUCGCAAUGGGCCGUCCUCGUUACUCUCCUCGUCGAGCGCCAAUCCGGCAAGGACGCCUGUUUCGAGAUUGAAGAAAUUGAGCAGAUCAAGGGAAUACCAAAGGGCCGGGGGAAGCAGGGCAACCUAGGUUACUACGACCGUCUGCGCAUUCCCAUUAUCGAGAAUACCGCACACGAGGAGGAUCUGAGGGAGAGCCUGGAAGAGGCCAUGGAAAAGUACCCGGAUUCUUACGCGAUUCUGGUGAGGAGACAUGGUAUCUAUGUUUGGGGUGAUAACGUGCACAAGGCCAAGACGCAGUGCGAAAGUAUCGAUUACAUCUUGCAGUUGGCGGUCGAGAUGCAUAAGUUAGGUUUGCCAUGGACAAAGUAAAGUGGUUUAUCUGGGCAUCUUUACGGCUUGAAAAGAGUAAGAGUAUAUAUCUACCAUGCCAUCGCUCACUG